AUGUCUGACUUCAGAGCCAACUCGACCAUCUCUCCAGAGCCCGGCAAGGGCAGGGCCAUUGCACCUGCUCCUGCAUCACCGGGGACCGAGGCUAAAGAGUUCCUGUGCCUGGCCGUGCUUCAGGGAAGACUCAAGGUCUUCUAUAAUUUCAAUGGUUCUCUGGUGGAUGCUGAACCUGAUGAUCCAGCCUCAGAAUACCUGAAGAUCAGUGAUGGUGAAGCAAAGUCUCUGAAUGUCUUCAUCGUGACAAGCAAACAAACAAUCGUGGUGAGGCAACCUUCAAAAACUCUCUUCACCAUCCGAGUCGACGGCCCUGGUAUCCCUCAGUUCCACGACAGCUACUAUCUGGGAGGAGUACCACAGCGCAAGAUGCCUGACAGAACCAGAGACUCCGCAGCUGUGCGCGUGCCUGCGGCACGGGCCAGGCUCGACUACAGGGAUCAGACAGGACCCAGCAGGAUCAGCGAAGCACCCGGACAGGCGAAUAUCCAGCAGAUGAUGCAGCAGAAGGUGGCUCGUGAGGCUUAUUUCAGUGGUCAGAGUUACCUGGAUCUUGGUGUGACCAAUGUCUCCAGUCUGAUGAGCAACUUCUAUGCCAGCUUCAGCUUUAGAACCGACCAAACCGAAGGACUCAUGUUCUACCAUAAGGAUCAGGGAGGCAACUUUAAGGUGUUUCUGAAUGAGGGCCAUGUUGUGGUGAAAUCUGGCAACAAUCAAAUUAAGACUCAAAAGACGUACAAUGACAACAACAGUCACAAUGUGGCUGUAUACAACAGUAACAUCAGGAUGCAUCUCUACAUGGAUGAUAUACUAGAGAAGGUUAACAGUGGUGGGCAACUGAUCAGCAGUGCAGCUGAAGAUGAUGGUCCUGAGGAAGGCACUUUCCUGGGAGGAUUGCCUCAAGCAAGUGUCACCAAUCUCACCGGAUGUAUCAGCAAUGUUUUCAUAAAAAGAGAUACCAGUUCACAGAUGGUUCUGAACCUGAUAAAGGCCAAAGAAAACAUCAACGUUCCUCUCAGUUGUCCUGCAGCUAAGAAACCUCAGCAGAUCAUUGCUGUGCAGCCAAAACGAAGUAGCAAACUUAAGGGUAAGAACAAGAAGCCAUCAGGCUCUCGCAGUCGGAACACUAGGGAGUCGUGCCAGGGACCAGUCCCAGUCCCCGAGAGCCGAGCGACUCACUUCAGUGGCUCCGCCCACAGCUACCAGAGAUACGACUCAGUGUCUGGCCCGCUCAGUUCAGUGCUUCAUUUGUCCUUGGAGCUGAAGAUCGGCUCGUCUUCUGGCUGCGUGUUGCACGCUGCUGGCAGCCAGCGAGCCAGAGCAGGGAUGUCGCUCAGCAUCUCACAUGGGUUCCUGCUGCUGUCCUUAGACAUAGGCAGGAGGAAGGUCAGCCUGCACAGCAGCAACAAGUACAACGAUGAGCGGUGGCACACGGUCUUUAUAAAACAUGAAGGCUCCAGGAUCAGUCUGAUAGUAGACGGUAUCAGUGCUCAGUCCCAGAGAAUACCAGGUGGAACCAGGACUCGGAUCACAGGACCUUUAUAUAUCGGAGGAGUACCAGCUGCUAUGACAUCCCUGAGCUGUGACGCGUUCGUCGGUUGUGUCAGAGACCUGACCCUGAACAGAGUUCCUGCAGGAGUUCCAGCUCACAGCCAGGGAACAGUGCCCUGCUUCCAGAGUCCUCUGCAACCUGGAGCAUACUUCUCUGGACAGGGGGGACACUUGGAGACAGAUAAAUCCCUGGUUCUGAGUCAGGACGUAGAAGUUCAGUUGGAGGUUCGACCCAUCUCUGACUCUGGGCUGUUGCUGCAUGCUGGAACCACAGUGGACCAACACCUGAGCCUGGUCCUCAGUCAGGGAGAGGUGACUGUUUCAGUGAACAGUGGUAGAGCGGGGUUCUCUACCUCCUUUACACCUGACAAACCCCUGUGUAAUGGCCUCUGGCACACCAUCACAGUGGUGAAGAAGAACAACUUUCUGCAGCUGCUGGUAGAUGGAGCCAGCAGUCAGAGUGUAGGCCCCAAACAGAACUACUCCACAAGGACCAAAGUGACUGUUUACCUUGGAGGCAAACCCAGUGGUGCGACAGCUCCCAGUCUUCCUGAAGAUUCACCAGCCUUCCAAGGCUGCAUCCGGAACGUGAGCGUGAACCACAGACGUGUUGAGCUGUCUGAAGCGAUCUCUUUACACGGCGCUGUGGCUGCACGAGGCUGCCCACAUAUGUAGUCUUCUCCUCACGUUCUCCAAAUACAAACUAAUGGUGGUGGGUGUCAUUUUACUCUAGCUAAUUUAAAACAGAGUCAUAUUUAUUAUCAGUGCCUAUAAACAUGUGUUCACAUUUGUCAUCACUAAAUUACACAUUUGUUUUGUGCUGCAUGACUGAAUGCACUGAUCUCAGCUGUUGGGUUUGAAAACAAUCAUUGAAAAUGUGCCAUGUUCUAUAAAGAAAACCUAGUUUGAAAUGAUCUUUUCCUAAACACAUUUUUUUGUCAAGUACUCCUGAAAUGGAUAUUUACAGCUGUGUUUGAUCAGUCCACUGCGAACACGGAUACAUGAGCAGCACAGACCAGCACCAACGCCUGCGACAAGGACCAGCUCAGGACAGGAUAUUAAGUCACGUCUCAGAAACACAAAAACAUGAGAUUCUUAACACAAAGGAUCUGAAAUGAUACCCCCAAGCAGGGCUGGAGUGGGACUCGUUUUCAGCCCUGGAGUUCCGUGCAGCAGAGUGGCCCACUUCAGAUCACGACCUAUUAUUAAAUUACAUCAGGGGUGAUUCUAGAAUCUGCCCUCAGGCUCUUGGAUUGAACAAUAUGGUGGCCAUU